AUGGGGGGCAGAUAUGAUUUGCGGUCGCAAGACCUCGAACCCAGCGCCUAUGCGGCGUUGCCUGGGACGCAGUCAGAGUUUGUUCCACACAAUAUGACGCCGCUCAAAUCCAGUCUCGUUGGGCGAGAAGUACUUGGAUGUCACCCGAGCCGCUGGAUAUACGAGCUAAUCAACAAUAACUUCACUAACUGUGACCUUUUCGAACGAGCUCGGCGUGCCAAACUGGAUAGUCAUUAUGUUUGGGAUCACCCACACCAGCUAGUUAUCAAUGGAAAUCAGUCUUAUUCGACAUCUUCAUCAAAAAUUCUAUCCGCCAUCUGCCUGGAUUGCCAUUACCACUUCUUAUUCCGGGUUGAAUGGGAGCAAGAGCAGUCCGAGUUUUUGUGCCACCAGAGCCACAGUAACUGGCCCAUCGGAGAUACCCAGUUUCCCUGGCAUCAUUUAACUUGGGUUUUAUCUGAUAAAGAUGCUAAUAUCACUCGAGAUCGGUCCAAGUAUUAUCCGUUGUUGGCUCGCGAGUAUUUUGCCUGCUCAGCUCCGCCAUGCACGUUCCAGAUUACCCUUGAAAUAUCGGAACCGCGGAUGGCCUCGUGGUGGGUGAAUCUCUUGUUAGACCAUGAGACCAUUCUUCAACAGUUGAACGCCGCGAAAAGAGAUGAACCUGCACGAUACGAAAGCGCUACCGAUGACUGGGCCCACCAAGCGCCAUCCAACCUUAAUACGUACCUGAAGAAUCUCUUGGAGACGACCCCCGAGACUGCCAGGAGUAUCUCAAAGCGGAAUAAGAGAUUCGCAGUUUUGUUCGGACCGCGUUGUUUCUCCAUAUUUCGAGAACUUGAGUUCAAAGAGCAUAUCGAAAUCAACGAUGGAGUCGAUGAAGGAUCAUUUACUCCAACACCUCCAUCGCCAGCAGAUGGUAUAUCUGGGAGCACCAAGGUUGGCACAUUUCGCGCCUAUCUUGAAGAUGUGCGUUCUGAAGUUCAAAAUCUCAUAUUCAAGUCUGGAAGUACCGCUGAACGCCCAACAUUCUGUAUUACUGCUCUGCAUAAUCACCUGGGCUGCACUGAAGUUCCUCAUCUUGACGCAAAUCCCCUUGUAAAUGAGAGCCGAUAUAAAUUCAUGGGGGUUUUGCCUUCUCAAUCAAAAGAGAUCGUUGUAAAUGCCUAUAAAAGACAGUGGGAACUUGCGCCUUCUAGGCGAAGGGAGUUUGUUGAGUUUUUAAUGGCCAUUGCGAGUGAUAUUAACAACGAACUCCUAUCUGACUACGCCAUUACUCAAUCAUCUGUCUUUGAGAGCCAGCUUCAAACACACCAUAACAGCGAUGAUGAUGGGCUUGUCUCUCAAGCAUUGGAAUUUCUUGGCCUCAGCCCGCCUAACAAUUAUAGCGCGAAGGCAACGAUACAAGCCUUUCGAGAAAAGUUAGUGCGAGACCCAUCCGAUGCGGGUACUGCAAGGAGCAUGCUUUUAUGGAUUGCCCAGUCAUCCAACGAUGAUUCUUAUCAAACAUCACUACUCAUGGAAGCUGAUGCCAAGAUGUCUCUUGAGACAUCCAAAGUGGUUCUUGGGUUAGAUACAGUAGACGGGCCGUGGCAGAACGCGGUUGACGCUACAAAAGCAAAGCUAGAAGCAAGCACCUCAAAGGAAGCCAAGGCCGUAUACCUUGACGCAUUGGAUUCAAUCGCUGAGCACACGUCCUCACCCUCACUCAAACAUGCAGUUUUGGAACUUCGCCAUGCCCAGGGCUUCAGCAAUUCUGAAUUCGAGAACAGCGAUUCCAGAGCAGCCAAUUUGAAUCUUCCCAUGGGCCUGCACAACAUCGGCAACACUUGUUAUUUAAAUAGUUUACUCCAGUAUCUCUUCACUGUGAAGCCUAUACGCGAUAUUGUAUUCAACUAUGAUAGCUUGCGGUUAGAUUUGAAUGAUGAGAGCAUACAGGCACGUCGACUUGGCGGAAACAAGAUGCAAAUGGAUCGCGGCGAGGCUGUUGUUGCGCAAGCAUUUGCGGAAGAAAUGGCCACGCUGUUCGAAAAUCUUCGAACUUCUGACAGAACUGCCACUCGACCAUCUCAAAGACUCGCCAACGCAGUUUUAUUAUCAACCCACACGCUCCUGUCUGGCUCCAAACAGCCGUCCGAAACUCCAACGACAGUGAACCCUCCGCCCCUGCCCGCCCGCCCAUCGCCUGCUCCUCCCACAGAGAGCCAUGAUGAUAUUAACAUGGUAAAUGUUUCUGUGCAAGCUGUGUCAGAUUCGAUAGAAACGCGGAGCCGUUCUAGCACCCAAACUCUCGUUGAUCAAGAUGACGCUCGCUCAGACCGCUCGUAUGAGAAGGUUGAGACAGUGACAGAGGAUACCAACAGCCAGCUACAAUCCGUCCCAAUACUUAUUGACUUAGGGGAUGACACUUUAAUGACUGAAGCACCACAAGACGACAAAAAACCGGUCACUCCAGUGGACGUGGACGAGUCUAAAGACACUCCUGUUGAUGCCAGGCAAGAGAAUGCUGAUGUUGAUAUGAUCGACAUAGAGAAGCCAGAAACGGUAGAUCAAAAAGUUCUCAACGCCCUUGAGCAUCAGAAAAGAUCUUCGGGAACCGACCAGCAGGAUGUUGAGGAAGUCAUGGGCAGCAUUCUCAAUCGUCUCCAGGCAGCGAUUCGCCCAACUUCGGUUGACAGCACAAGCGGCAUUCAGCUGGAAAAAAUUAUGGAGACUUUCUUCGUUACAACAGUCAAUUAUACUAAAAAGUUUGAUGAAAAGGAGUACCAACAUGAAAUUAGCUUUGAUAGAUCAAUUACGGCAUUUCCGGCAGCUGAAGGACCUUGCUCAUUGUACGAUGCCCUCGGAAGAAACUUCGACCAGCAGAUUUUAGAAGAAAGCAAGCUCUCACGAUACACCGCCAUCAAGACAUUACCGCCGGUCCUACACAUUCUUAUUCAGCGCUCGCAAUCUAUGGGCAGCAAGAACGGCAACCCAGUUGUUAUACCUGAGACUUUAUACCUCGAUCGAUACAUGGACGCCCCCCAUAACUCGCCCAUUUUUCAGCAAAGGGUGGAGGAUUGGAUGACUGCAGAGCGAAUUGUUGACAUAAAGUCACAACUGGCGAAAGUCGAAGCCAAUCCUACUUAUAUGACAUUUUUCCAGAACUACGGGGGUGAAAAUGAGGUUACAGAUGGCACGGCGAAUCAAGCGACCAACGGAGCCGACGAUUUCAUGAAAGACGAAAUAGACUCUGAAAAUUGGGAUUUUGAUGGGCCAGUAGAAGAUGACUUUUUGCUCAUAACGCCAGCAAAUGCCACUAAAGAGACUACUCUUGAGAAGCCCGCCAAUAAGAUUACAGACAUACAGAAGACACACGCUGCAGUGUUGGAAAUGAUGGAAAAAGAACUACGCCAACGACAAGAGGCACUUGAAGCAAGUAUGAGCAGCCAAAAGCAAAUUUCGUACCGCCUCCAUGCCGUCAUCUGCCAUCGUGGCCACCUGACAUCGGGGCACUAUUGGGUCUGGAUCCACGAUUUCGAAGCCAACGUUUGGCGUUGGUAUAACGAUGCGGAUGUGAAGGAGAACAAAGAUACUGCAGAAGUACUACAGACUCUGAGCACUAGCGGCGAGCCAUAUUACCUCUGCUACGUGCGCGACGAAGACAAGGAUCAAUAUGUCAGCGUCCCUAAAAGAGAACCUCUUAAGAAGGAAGAAAGCGACGGUCAGGACAAGGAAGGCCAAGUAGAGGCAGAAGCAACGAAGUCAGCCGUUGAGGCUGUGUCAGCGCCCUCAAUUUCAGCGGAUAGAGACGGAGAUGUUGAGGUUAUUGACGCAAAGAAAGAAAAUGACCCAGAAACUGCCCCUGAGGUGGAUGCAGUGGCGCAGGAGCCGCAAGAAUCUCAGAGGACGGUAAUCAUGGAAGAUGCAACUCAAUCGUAA